ACGAUAAUAACGUUCCCGUUCCUGUUCGGGUGAUGUUCGGUGACCUCGGCCACGGCGCGCUCAUGGCCGCCUUCGGCUUCUGGAUGUGCUACAAGGAGAAGCCGCUGCAGGCCAAGAAGAUCGACAGCGAGAUCUGGAACAUCUUCUUCGGCGGUCGCUACAUCAUUCUGCUCAUGGGUCUGUUCUCAAUGUACACGGGCAUCAUCUACAACGACAUCUUCUCGAAGAGUCUGAACAUCUUCGGCUCCUCGUGGCGCACCAACUACAACGAGUCCACGCUGCAGUCCAACAAGCUGCUGCAGCUCAACCCUGACUCCGACGACUACCUGCAGACCCCAUACCCCUUCGGUAUCGAUCCUGUUUGGCAGCUGGCUGAAGCAAACAAGAUUAUCUUCAUGAACGCGUACAAGAUGAAGAUCUCCAUCAUCAUCGGCGUGUUCCACAUGUUGUUUGGUGUCUCUCUGUCACUCUGGAACCACAUUUACUUCAAGCGUCGCAUCAGCAUCUACGUGGAGUUCAUCCCUCAGAUCAUGUUCCUGACGCUGCUGUUCUUCUACAUGGUGCUGCUCAUGUUCAUCAAGUGGACCUCGUACGGACCCACGCCCGGCAGCUUCGGUAGCAACGACCCUGAGAUCGUGAAGACGAGUGCGUACUGCGCGCCCUCUAUCCUGAUCACGUUCAUCAACAUGAUGCUGUUCAAGCACGACGCCAACACGCGCCCCGUUUGUGACGACGUCAUGUACGCCGGACAGAUGGGUCUGCAGAAGUUCUUCGUGAUCGUGGCUCUGAUGUGCGUGCCGGUCAUGCUGUUCGGCAAACCCUACUUCAUCAUGAAGGAGCAGAAGCAGAGGGCUCGCCAAGGCCACGUGGCCGUGGAGGGCGCCGCGGAGAACGGGGCCGCGGCCGGGGCCGCCGCCGGGGCCGCCGCGCCCGCCCACGCGCAGCACGACGAGGACAUCACCGAGGUCUUCAUACACCAGGGCAUCCACACGAUCGAGUACGUGUUGGGCAGCGUGUCGCACACGGCGUCGUACCUGCGCCUGUGGGCGCUGUCGCUGGCGCACGCGCAGCUGGCAGAGGUCGCCUGGAACAUGCUGCUCAGGAAAGGUCUGAUGUCGACGGACUUCCAGGGCGGCAUCUUCCUGUACGUGGUGUUCGCGGGCUGGGCCGCCAUCUCCGUGUCCAUCCUCGUGCUCAUGGAGGGUCUGUCCGCCUUCCUGCACACGCUGCGUCUGCACUGGGUUGAGUUCCAGAGCAAGUUCUACGCCGGCGAGGGUUAUCUAUUCCAACCCUUCUCGUUCGAAGUCAUCCUCGACUCGGCAGGCCAGAGCGAAGAAUAAACUAAUCACAAAAACACUGUAUACUGUUUUAUCGCUAGAAAUAAUCAAACAAAAUAAUAAGAACGAAUAACAUCGGCAACUGUACUUUUAUCUGAAAACAUUAAUAUCAUAUGCGUAAUAAAUAGAGCAAUUUUCUCACGAAAAUAAAACGAAUUUAAAAUCGAUGAAGAAUUUCUGUUCGCCUUGUACAAGACCUGAGUAUAGCGAUGAAACAGUAUAUUCAUAGUGAAUUCUUAAGUAAUUAUGUACCCAAAUUAAUGUUUGUAGUCGAUGUUAAUGUCACAAUAUUAUAGUGACUGCAGCUUGAGACCAAAUAUUUACUGGUCUUUGAAUGUGCAAUCAUUCCAUGCUAUAAGUAAGAGUUCAAUAUAUACGAGUUUCCUGUAGCGCCCUAUGUAUCCAA